AUGCAAUUCGGCAAAGCGAUCGGGACGGCCUGUGCGUCGUUCGCGAUCACGAAUAUCGACGAUGCAUUCGUGCUGGUCACGUUCUUUGCCGAGGCAAGUACACGCAAGAAUACUAGCAUCACUCCAUUGAAGAUUACAAUCGGGCAGUAUCUGGGGUUUACGGUUAUUGUGGUGAUUAGUAUGAUCGGGUUCGGCGUGUCGCUUGUUCUGCCUUCGGAGCCGAUUGGGUUUCUGGGGUUAUUGCCUUUGCUUCUGGGUGUUUGGGCUUUGAUUGGGCUGAUAUUUGGCGGGGAUGAUGAAGACGAGGAGGAGGAAAUGGAGGAGCAGGAUGAUGGCGAUGCCAUUGAUCAGGAAGGCGAGAGGGAAGAUGGGCAGACCGUGGAAGGAGAUACAGGGAGGAGGAAUAUACGAUCCAGAUUGGGGUCAUUCAAGGACAUCUUCAAGGUCGCGUCGAUGACGGUUAUCAACGGGGGUGAUAAUAUCGGGACAUACAUACCGCUCUUCUCGCAGGCAAAGGGUGCGGAGAUUGCUGUCUAUGUCGUUGUCUACUACAUCCUUCUGGGAGUGUGGUGUCUGGCCGCGUGGCUGGUCAUGAAGCAGAGGCAUGUUCUGAAACUUGCGCAGAGAUAUGCCGACUAUGUUGUGCCGUUUCUUUACAUGGGGCUCGGCAUUUACAUUAUUGUGAAGUCCGAUGCUUAUCCGUGGUCUAUUGAACACAUUGAUGGGGAUAUCGCUUCUCAUCCUGGUAGGCUUGUUAUGGCGGUUUCUACGACCGGGCUGCUACUGUUGUGUAUUGGUGGGAUGGGGCUUUUCCAGUGGUGGAAGUGGAAGCAAGAAAAGAAAAAUGCUUCCGAGGAGACGGGGGCUCAAAUGCUAGACUCGCCAUCCAUUGAUGAUGGUCUUUCGAGGACUGAAGUUGAACCCCCCCUUUGA